AUGGAAUCUACUUCGACAAUAAGCCCCGACGAUAUCUACUGGGUCAAUGUCUUGGGGGGGAUCAUGUUUCCAUCGUUCUCAGAAGCCUUUGGGCGUAAAAGGCUAUACAUCAUUAGCACUGGCCUGUACAGUGUCUUUUGUGUAGUUGUCGGUGUCUCGCCUUCUCUUACCGGCAUCGCAGUCGGCCGUUUUUUCUCGGGUUUUUUGUCGGCUAUUCCGACUAUUGUCGUGGCCGGCAGUAUUGAAGAUUUGUAUAAUUCAAAAGACCGCAUCUGGAUGAUCUUUUUAUGGGCUAUGGUUGCCAAUAUGGGCAUGUGUAUGGGGCCAAUUAUCAGCACAUAUAUCGCUGAGCAUUUGGGAUGGCAAUGGGUGUUUCAUGUUGCAGCAAUUGUAACUGGUGUGGUGUGCUUUCUUCUCAUCGGAAUUCGUGAGUCACGGCCCUCCUUAAUUCUCGUACGAGAAGUGGCCAAAGUGCGAAGUGAAACCGGCAUCGAUACACUCAAAGCAUUGAACCCCGAUCAUACACCGGACUUGAUGACUUUUAUACGCAUCGCACUCUUUCGUCCAAUUCAGCUCUUCUUUACGGAGCCAAUCAUUUUCUUGGUCUCUACUAUCAGUGCGAUCGCGUUCGCUAUGGUCUAUCUUUUCACAGAGGCCUUGCCUCCGGUCUACCAGUCUAUGGGGUUCUCUAAUGAAUCGUCUACUCUUCCAUUCCUGGCGAUAUGCAUUGGUUUGGUAUUGGGACUACUAACCCGCAUCAAUGAUCAUCGAAAAAUCGCAUACGCCGAGGAGCAAGGUAUCGUGCUAGAACCGGAGCAUAAACUCAUCGGCUUCUCAAUCGGAGCACCUUUGCUGGCUGGCGGGCUUUGGUGGUUUGCCUGGACUAUUCCUCCAUUGGUAGACCAUGUUCAUUGGAUCGUAUCGGCCAUAUCCUUGGUUUUUAUUGGGUACUCAUUGAAUGAGUUCGACACUGUCCUUGGCGGAUAUCUAGCAGACAGUUAUCUGAGUUUCUCUGCCAGUGGUUUUGCAACUCUUGCGCUCUUCCGCUCAUUGCUGUCAGCCGCCUUCCCACUGUUUGCUGCGGAUAUGUUCGAAGGACUUGGUGCAAAUGUAGCCUCGUCGAUUCUCGCGGGUCUAGCUACUUUGUUUUGUGUUGUCCCACCGCUGUUCACAAAAUAUGGCAAGCAAAUUCGAGCUCGCAGUAAGUUUGCUCGAUAUAGCCUAGAGGUUUAUCAUGAGAACAGUGUUGAGAAAAACGGACUUUGA